AGCUGUGUGAAUCAAACGUCGGAAGCUGCAAGUGUAUUCUCGGGGAUCCAUGGGAGCUCGCGCCGUUUAUUCGAGGCUCUUCAACACUCUUCUCCGUCGAACUUCCGCUGACGUUUACGGCAACAAUGUUUAUCGCAGCUUCUCCACCGACGUGGCUGCUGCAAAUAAUCAAACCUUGCUUGAUAACAUGAAAAGGGAGUUGCUACAUCUCGAUGUCACUUCACAAAUUGGCAGUUGCAUGCCACUUGCCGCUAUGCGCAUUGGAACAAUUAUUCAUAACAUUGAGGUGAACCCUGGUCAAGGUGGAAAACUGGUUCGAGCUGCAGGAACUUGUGCUAAGAUCCUAAAGGAUCCCAGAUCAAGAUACUGUUUGAUAAAAUUGCCUUCUGGUGAUGAAAAGUUGAUUGAUUCUCGGUGCCGGGCCACAAUUGGCACUGUGUCCAACCCAAGUCAUGGGGCUCGGAAACUUAGAAAGGCUGGGCAGAGUCGGUGGUUGGGUCGAAGGCCUGUGGUUCGUGGUGUGGCCAUGAAUCCAGUAGAUCAUCCUCAUGGAGGUGGUGAGGGAAAGAGCAAAAGUAGUGGUAAUCAUGGCAGGUUGUCCCAAACACCUUGGGGCAAGCCGUGCAAGGGUGGAUACAAAACUGGACGACUCAAGCGCAAAACAAGUUCUGCUUGAUUCACAUUUCCAUUUAAAUCCUUUAUCUAGAGCACAUGUUUUCUUGUUUACACCCUCAUAGCUGCUCUCAGACUUGACAUGGUUAUUGUAUACAUUUUAAGCUAUCAUUUUGUUGGUGAGAGACAUGGUUCUAACUUCUAUUCUAUGGUUUACCGUCACUUUUGCUUA